GAAAAUUAUGUAAAAUUAAUGGAAUUGCAGCGAGAUCUUAUUGGAAUUGAUAAUAUUGUUCAUUCUAAUCGGUCAUGUUUUUCAGAUUCAUCUGAUGAACUGGCAGAAAAAACUGAAAGUUCUUAUUCAGUUCAUGAGCAUGCUGCAGGCAGUACCAGUGCAGAAAAACAAGUUCAACAUCGAUCAAAUACUACAGUACAUGUUUGUUGGCAUAGAAACACAAGUGUUGGAAGAGAUGAUUAUAAACGAGCUUUGACGCAAUAUUUGAGUGGCUAUUUAUUAAGAAAGUUUAAAAAUAGCAGUGGAUGGCAGAAACUUUGGGUUGUGUUUACCAAUUUUUCACUAUUCUUUUAUAAAUCUUAUCAGGAUGAUUAUCCAUUGGCAAGUCUGCCAUUAUUAGGAUAUAAUAUAUCAGUUCCAACCGAACAAGAUAAUAUCAAUAGAGAUUUUGUUUUUAAAUUGCAGUUUAAGAAUCAUGUUUACUUUUUCCGUGCAGAGAGUGAAUAUACCUUUGAACGGUGGAUGAGUGUCAUUAAAGGUGCUACCAACUGAAUGCCCAUAAAUUUUAUCCAUAUUUUCCACUUAAAUGGCACAUAUUAAUCUUAACCCGCCAAAACGUCAUUCCUCAUAUUAGAACCUGCCAUAUUUGAAAUUUUCAUACUUCCAACAUAUCAAUAUUAACAUAUUUACCAUUUUAGAAAUCAUAACACAAAUAUAAUGAUUACAAUAACGAAUAAUACUGUUAUAUUAUAGAAUAAAUUUUUUAGCCUGGCAACUUUGUUGUCUUUUUCCAUGUUGUUAUGUUAGAAAAAGCCAUAGGGCAAUAAAGAAAUUCUAACAUUGUACAAAUAUUUGAAUAUAUUAUGCCUUUUACAUAUAUCUUACAAUUGAGAAUAUUAUAAAAUAAUAAUAAAAAAAAAAGAAUUUUAUGCAUUUAUAUACUAUAAUCUGGGUGCUCAUUUAUUUACCUGGUUGUUGGAGCUCACAGAUUAAGAAGAUAAAAGAUCUUGUUGCACUGUGCUUUCAUUCUUAUGCCUCAUAAAAAUUUUAAAAAUGUAAAGAAGGCAACUUGUAUUUCUUUAAUUGUGUAAUAAAGUUAUAUUUAAAAAUUUUUUA